AGAUUUGUUUGUGGUUAAGUGUCAUUGCUGUCAUUGGGGUGUGGUGUAUUUGCCGUGUGUACAAAAGUUUCAACUAAAAAUAAAAACAUUUAAAAAUGUCUGCAACUCUGAAACCAUAUUUAACAGCAGUUCGUCACACAUUAACAGCAGCAAUGUGUUUAGAUAAUUUUUCCUCUCAAGUGGUAGAACGGCACAAUAAACCAGAAGUAGAGGUUACAACUUCCAAAGAAUUACUACUCAACCCGGUCGUGAUAUCUAGAAACGAGAAAGAAAAAGUAUUUAUAGAAGCAUCAGUAAAUUCAAUUAGAAUUAGUAUAGCAGUGAAACAAGCAGAUGAGAUUGAAAAAAUUCUCUGUAAGAAAUUUAUGCGAUUUAUGAUGAUGAGAGCCGAAAACUUCAUUGUACUUCGAAGAAAACCAAUUGAAGGAUACGAUAUAAGCUUCCUCAUUACCAAUUUUCACACAGAACAGAUGUACAAACAUAAGUUAGUCGAUUUUGUCAUACAUUUUAUGGAGGAAAUUGAUAAAGAAAUAUCUGAAAUGAAGUUAGCUGUCAAUGCUAGGGCUAGAAUUGUUUCUGAAGAAUUUUUAAAACGUUUUUAAAAAGUAAUGUAUGCAGUGCUAAUAUAGGUGCUAGGAACAUUGAUACUAUAUCAAGACAAUGACAUUUGAGUAACGAGUAUGAAGAAGUACUGAUAAAAUAAUGAUGUAAAAGAUGUAAAAAUGUUAGUUAAAUCUUUUGGUAUCUUAAGGUAUCUGUAGUCUUAAGACUACAAUUGAAUCGUUUAUUGUUGAAAGGAGGUAAGUACCAUUUUUUACUUUUUGAGUUUUGUUAAAAAAUCCCUCCUCUCUUUCUAUAUCCACCUUGAAGCAAACACAGGCAUUGUAUGGAUAUCGUUUAUACACUGUGAAACUACAUUUAACACCAGAAGACGCGGAUAUAGACAGAAAGGUUUUUUACUACAGUCGAACUAGCUUAUUGGAAUAGCCUUCGUGCCAAGCAAAAGUAUUCCUAUAACUGAGAUAUUCUAAUACCCGAUCAUUGGUGGUUAGUAGAAACGUUUGGGGACCUCAAAUUUCUAUUCCUUAAACCAGGAUAUUCCUUUAAACGGUAUUCUAAUAAGCGGGUUCAACAAUAUAACUCGAAAAGUAGAAAAUGGAGCUGGCUCCCUUUCAACAAUGAACUAUUCAAUUGAAUAUUUGAAGAUUGGGAAAGUGAUGUUAAAUAGAGAGUAAUAGUAGAAUUUUGUAUCAUUGUACCAUUGCUGUUAUUUCAAUUGCUGUAUUAUUUCACAUAUCGAUGGCUUAGUGUGAAAACCUCGUAUCUCAUUAAAUGACAAUUUUACAGGAGAGAAAAAACUGAUUUUCAGCAUAAUAUAACAUAAAUACAAAAAUUACGUUACAUAUUUUUAAGUCGAGCACAUUGAGACAAAUAUUUGAUAUUGGCCCAGAGCUAAAAGUGUUAAAUAUCACUAUUAAAUUGGAAAUACAAAUAUUAACUAUGAAAAACACGUAAAUAUCCUUGCAGUAUAUAGAGCCUUUGCCCAAGUAACUAUGAUAACCUCGUAUAUCUUGAUAUACGUGUUUUUCAUCUCGAAUGAGGUUGUGUUUAUUAUUAUUUACGAGGUUUUCAUUUUUCAUACCUUAUUGCACACCUCCAAAUACUAGGUCGAUAUAAUACAAAUCUUUUGAUUGAAGGUUCAUAAAAUGUUUCUACAUUCCGGACUACAUUUUGUUGUUCACAAAAAACACUUCUCCAAGUAGAAUCUCUCAAACAAACACUUCAAAUUAAGUACCAAAUUCUUGGUUAUAUAUACGUGGUAUUCACACUAAAUCAAGAGAGCAAUUGAUAUAUGUGGUUUCUUUUUUCGAUUGUAGAAAAUAGUCUACUGUAUUUGGAUUUUUUCUAACAGUUGUAAAUGGUGAGAUACAAGGUUUUCAAACUAAAACCACCAAAAUGUCAUUUUCGAAAAAAAAAAUUGAGAUACGAGGUUUUCACACUAAGCCAUCGAUAUAGUCCAUGACACUUCAAGAAUAUUGUUUAUCUAUUCAGCACACAAGGUGUUAAAUACAGAAUUUAUUUUAGAAUUUAUGGUCUUUCCUUCUGUUUGGUUGUUGGUCUAAUAAACUAAACUUUAAUCCUUUAGUUAUAAGAUGUCAAAAUAAGAGUUGAAUGGGUUCUUUGAAACAGUCUUUUCAGCUGAUUAACUUGUUCACUGCUGCCUCGCUCAAUGUGGCAGAGAAAGUAGCUUUCACACUUGCCAGUGAGGUCAAUAUGGCUGAUUAUUUCAUUCAUAGGAGAUUCUGACCAAUAGAAAGCUACAGAAAUCUGAAUUAAAUCGAUAAUUUUUGAUAAUCUCCCGUCUUUAAGUAUAUUACGUCAGAUGCCCUUCGUUGCUACGAAAAAAUACAUUCAGUGACAUUAAUGACAAUUAAUGUUUUAAAAAUUAAAAAAGUGAUGACUUUUAUUCGUCAAAUAUUUAUAAAAACUGUGUGUUUAAUGGUACUUACAUAAAUAAAUUACAAUAAAAUUUUGGUUUUGAACAGUUUUAUUCAUGAAAUAAUCAAAACAAAUUGCACUCGACCUCUGAAAUUAAUAUAGAAUUUUUGCUCUCGUGACACUUUGACAUAAUUUCACUCGCCUUCGGCUCGUUAAAUUAAAACUGUCAAAGUGUCACUCGGGAAAAAUUCAAUAAUUUCAGAGCUGUUGUGCAAUUACUACUGAGAAUUUUUUUUUCAUUUCGACAACAGAGACACAUUUCCACGAAUUUCUUAAUGGGCUAGCUUUGCCCAUUUUCGGAAAAGAAAAUCUAGUCAGAUAUAUAAAGGCCAAUAGACUCAGAUGGGCAGUAUAGACUCAGUGAUAUGCAGUUACGACAAUCGCCUUAUAAAAAAUGUGUUCUGGGAAAGACCAGAUGGAAGAAGGUCUGUAGGGUGGCCUAGAAAAAGGUAAAAAUAUGCAGUCAAAGAAGAUCUAGAGAAAAUGGGAGUGCGACAAUGUGAAUUAGUGGCACAGGACCGACAAUCAUGGAAGGCAAUACUAAAUGUGGCAAAGACUUACGAAGAGUUGUAGCGCCAUUGAUGAUGAUGAUGCUAGCUUGGCCCAAAGAAUGAAAAGUUUUUCCUAUCUGGAAUAUACCACCUGCCUGAAUAUAAAAACCAUACAAAAGACUCUGGUAGUGAAUGAGUUAAAAAGUAUUAUGAAUCAAAUGAAUUUGAAGUAAAGCUCUUAUCUGGUAUUGAUAAACAAGGAGUCAUUAUAUAAAUGUACCAGAAGAUUUUUAGAUAAAUCAUUGAUAUUUUAGCUCAAUUUAUGGCACAUUUUCUAGAUUUGUCUAAAACUCAGUAUAAAAAUUUUAUAUCUUUAAAUUUGUUAUCCUUAAUAUUAAAAAACUGUUGAUCCACAGAACAAGAAAUGUAUAUCCUUGUUUGCAAUGUUUCUUGUUUAACAUAAUUUUUCAAAAGUGCUAAAAGAUGAAAGAGUGAACUAAACAAUUUUAAUUCAAUAUUAUUUAUUAAGUACUCUUCAAUUUUCCUAAAUAGUAUUUAUUAUGAUGGACCUAGAUAAGUAAAUACAAUAUGUACAAAAAAUUACUUAAACAUAUUAAUUUAUUAUAUAUUUGUCAUAUAAAUCAUAUGCUUGGCAGUUUAUUAAACAGAUAAAUACAAUAUGCAUAAAUAACAAAUCUUUUUUAUUAAAAUUUUAAAUCUUACAUAAUUGCAGCCAAAUCAAGUAACAUUACUAUCAUGUCAAAACAAUUCACAUUAUAUAGAUUAUAUACAAUAUGUAUACAUCUGUGGUACAAGUUUGCUUCCAAAAGUCCACAUAUAUGCUCAAUCCAUUUUGGAAAAAAUAAAUUUUGCAUGUAUCCCAAAUAUUGACACAAGAAAGAAAACCUAUUGUCUCUAAAAUAGGGUCAACAUUUUAUACAUAGACAAAUUGAUACAUGAUUACAUACAUUAUUUAAAUAAAUAAAUUCAUUCCGAUAAUUAUUAGUUUAUCAUAUUGUGCCUCAUUUAAUGUUCAUUGAGCUAUCAUCUGUAUGAUUUGGGGGCCUUUUUAUAUGUAUACAUAUUUAGUGUAAUAUCUAGUAUCUGUAAAGAUGAUAUACAUUUUAUCUAUUAGCAAUUGAAUUAUAGGAAUUUAAUACUACAUGUCAAUAUAUUUCUAUAUUUCUUGUCACAUUGUUUUGUUACAUAUUGUAUUUUCUAUUUCUUGUUGUUAAUUAUUUAUAUUGUUUGUCAUAUUUUACGCUUUAUUAUUAGAAAUACCUAAGUUUAUAUAUCUGGACCUCGGAGGUAAACUACACUAUGUUGACAUGGUGUUAUUUUGAACAAGUUCCUUUUAUCCACUUAUUUUAUUAGUUGGAUUAUACAAACUGGUUAUAUAUUAUCAUUAAAAUAAUGUCAUAUUGUAUAUCAACCACUUGUGGGAUAUAUUAGAUUUUUAUUAACAUCCAAGUGCUCUUAACUUUGUUACAAACACAGGCUAAACACAGUUGCUCGAAAUGAUAUAGUGUAGUUGACCUCGGAAGUCCACAUAUAUGCAAGACCAAUAAUUUAUGAAGUGUGUGGUGUAUAAAUUUAUUUCUUUUGCCAUUGCUGUAAUGCAUAAUUUUUAUAUUAUUUUUAUUAAAUAUUCUUUUAUAA